AUGAGGUUGUUCAGCCCUGCGCGAGCGCUAGCGGCGCUCUCUCUGCUGUCGACAGAUGUUGUGCGACCCUUCACCCAGGCCAUCGUGCUCGACCCCAAUUCAGAGACCUCUAUCAACGAUGUCUCUUCCCAAGUCGCCAAACAGCUCGUUGCGCAAUAUGCGACCAUCGACGAUAAGGGCAUCCAUGUACUCGGUGGUUACCCGGGUAUCCUCUACGAACCCUACUACUGGUGGCAGGCGGGUGCCAUGUUCGGUACCCUCCUCGACUACUGGCACUACACCGGCGACGAUCAGUACAAUGAAAUGGUCCGCGAGGGACUGAUACACCAAUUCGGAGAGCAUCUUGACCUGAUGCCCUCCAACCAGUCCAAGAACGAAGGAAACGACGACCAAGUCUUCUGGGCCUUUUCCAUGAUCGCUGCCGCCGAAUACAAACUCAAAGACCCUCCCCCAGACCAGCCCGGUUGGCUCGCCAUGACACAGUCCGUCUUCAACCAAUUCGUCGGCCGCUACCAGAAGGAGGUGUCUGACGGUACUUGCGGCGGAGGCAUGCGCUGGCAGAUCUAUCCGUGGCUUAAUGGGUGGACGUAUAAAAACACCGCAUCCAACGGAGGACUUUUCCAUCUCGGCGCGCGAUUGGCCAUGUACACAAAGAACGACACAUACGCCAAGUGGGCGGAGAAGGCAUUCGACUGGAUGGCGAAUAGUCCUAUUCUGCCCGGCGACGGUCAAGUCUACGACGGAACCAGUAUCAGCACGAACCCUCCGUGCAGCGACGCCGAUCAAACGCCCUGGACCUACAACUACGGAAUCAUGAUUGCAGGAGCAGCAUACAUGUACAACUACACCAACGGCGCCGACAAGUGGCGCAAUGAACUCACCAAAUUCAUCAACAAAGUCGCCAUCUUCUUCCCCGAAGACAAAGGCGGCGUCAUGGUCGAAAUCUGCGAAGCAAACAUAGUCUGCGACGCGGAUCAGGAGUCCUUCAAAGCGUACCUCGCCCGCUGGCUCGGCAUCACCAUGCAAAUGGCCCCCGAAUUCACGCCCCAGAUCAUGCCCAAGCUGCAAAAAUCCGCUGUAGCCGCUGCGCAAACGUGCGAGGGUCCGUCUGACCAUGGCGGCGGCAACCACCAGUGCGGUAUGAGUUGGUGGAAGCAGGGCUGGGACAACAUCAAAGGUGUGGGACCGCAGAUGACGGCCCUCAACGUAAUCAGUGUGUUGAAUGCGCAGAGGGUGCCGCCGCCGUACUCGCGCGAUACCGGUGGUACUUCCGAGGGUAACCCUGGGCUAGGCUCUGGAAACGAUGCCGACCGAUUACCCAAGUUCCAAUCCGAGAUUAGCACUGCGGAUAAAGCGGGCGCGGCCAUUCUCACUAUCCUCAUGUUUGUUUUGUUCGUUGGUGGGUCCGUCUGGAUAUUGAUGUAA